AUGAUUAAUCUUAUUAUUUAGAAUUAAUACAAAAUCAUCAUUUGCGCCCUAUAAAGUAUUAAUUAUUUUCUAAUCGUUUAUAUAUAAAAAAAGAGAUAAAUGCAAAACUCAUAUUCAAUGCAACUGGCGACCCAAUAUCUAGAAUUGAAGACAUAAAAAAUGAUUAGGAAUUAGUUAUUACAGAAGGAGAAUAAUAUGCGCUUCCAAAAGCACCAAUUAGUAGCAAAAACAAUAAAAAUGGAGACUCCAGACCUAAGAAUAAAUACCACUUUUAUUAAAUAGCUGUUAUGGGACCUGCAGGAGUAGGAAAAUCAUGCAUAACAAAUAAAUUUAUUAGAGGUGUGUUUAUCUCUGAAUACAACAACACUCUUGCUGAUAGUUAAAUUUACAACUAUGAGCAUAAGGGAAAUUUAUAUGUCUUAGAUAUUUUGGAUACUGCAGGUGAAGAAGAUUUCAUAGCAUUAAGAACGAGCUGGCUUAAUUAAAGACAAUGCUUUUUGUUUGUAUUUAGUGUUGAAAAAAGAUAGUCAUUUCAAGAUCUCUAACAAUUUUUUGAGCUUUAUAUUUAACUGUAUCCUAAAAGAGAGAAACCGGUUGUUUUGUGUGGAAAUAAAAUUGACCUUGAGAAAAGAGAAGUCACCUAAAAAGAAGGAUAAGAAUUGGCAUAAAAGUAUGGGGCUAUUUAUUUUGAAGUAAGUGCAAAAGAAGGUUAUAAUAUCACUGAUUCUUUCAAUGCUCUUAUUGACUGUUUAGAAAAAAAAACAGAAGUUAAAAACCAAAAUAAAAGCCAAAUUAGUCAAGAAGAGAGAGGUCCUCUUUUCUCAAUAUGCAGCUUUUUCAACAGAUUUUGCAGUUGAAUUUCCAUUAAAAUAGAAAAUACAUUUCUUAUAUUAAAUAUUCAGGGAUUUAUAAGAUUAAACUAAAUUUUAGUUUCAUAAAAUAAACAUUUUAACCAAACAAAAUUAAAAUAGCAGCGUCGACUUGAGAUAAAAACCUAAAAAUAAUUUAUUUAAGAACCAAAAUUACAUUUUUUAAUUAGUUAAAUUUAUAUAAAAGAAAGUUUUAUUUUUCAUCAUAGGAGAUUAAAUACUUUAAAUAAAUAAAUAUCAUAUAAUAAAUAAAAGGCAUCAAUAUUAUUCUAAUGCUUUCCAAUAAUAAACAAACAACCUAUAAAAAUUUAUAGUAACUAUAACAAUAAAAACAGAAUAAUAUUUAAUUAAAGUAUUUAAAAUAUUAAUAAUAAAUACACUAAAUCUAAAUUUACUGUUAUUAGUUAAGGUCUAUCUUCGUUAAUAUAUAUCAUUUAUGUACAAAUUAAAUCUUUAAAUUUUGCAAAUCUAUCUAGAAUAUAAAUACUUUCAAAUUAAAUUAAUUUACAAAAAGUAAUCAAAAAAUAAAUUUGAUUUUUUUUCUCAAAAAUAUGAUUUGAUUAAUAAUUAAAAUAAUUGA